AUGCCCUCUACUGCAAGCCAACUUGAGCGAAGUCUUAGAAAACUUCAGAUCUCAGAGUCUGACUCACAAAAAACAUCUACCGCGGUGCAAUGGGUGCCCUCUAAAUACAGCUCAGACGUAUCUCAGAAGGAACUUUAUAACCUGGGGACCAUUGCUUUCCACCAUGUUCGGCCAGGCAAAAGUUUAUCAGACAACAGUGCCUACAUCGCCAUUAAUUCCCUCACAUUUCUCGAGGUAUAUCUUGGUCUUCGCAUGUGCACUUUGGCAGGUGGAAAGGUGGUUGGAGAUUCGAAGGAUAUCCCAUCGGAGUGUGUGACAUCGGGAGAGGUGCUGUUGUUAGUAUUGUGGAUGGAUACGGAACGUGAGGCUACCUGUCCAACGCAAGAUCAAGUGCAUUACCUGAAGAUGAAGCUUGAGCGCCCACCGGGAUGGUGGGUAGAGAUCCCAAACCAAUCACUCCAUCAUGUCAACCUCCAUCGAGCCAAAUGCCUUUCUGAUAAGAAAUGUUGUUCAACCCUGGAGGAGACAGCUGCAGUUAGCAAUGCAUACGACAACUAUACUACGCCUGGAACGGCGGCAGAGGUUCUUGCCGCCAUCUUCUUAUAUCUUUAUCACCCCACUGUGGCAUUCCUGUGUCUUAACAGAUCAUAUUUCCAAGUGUCCUCCCAGGAUCCCCGUAACAUAGGGUUCUCCGCAUCCUUUGGCUUGCUUGAUGCCGAUGAUGAUGAAUCACAUCUCGGGCGGGCCCGGGGUCGUCACUCCGGCGAUAAUAGUGGUGCUCAAUAUCUAUCUUCUGCCGUUAUUAUCCACCUUCCGAAUUCGGGGCGUGGUUUAAAGCUCACGACAUGGCGGUUCCGGACGUUUCAUAAGGCAACUAGAACAAGAACAAAAGCAACAGUUGACGACGUUCAAAAGGGGCCGGGCACAUCGGGAUAUUUAUCAGUGCUGAACACCUACAACACUAUUUGGGAGAACAAACGCUCGGCCUCUGGUUUUAUGAAUUAA